AUGCCUCAAUCAAAAAGAAAAGACCCCAAAGCCUUUCCCACCCGUCAACUGGCCGUUCUUGCGAUAUGUCGAUUCUCCGAGCCCAUUGCCUUCAAUUCCAUUCUGGCCUACACUUUUUUCAUGGUCAAGGAUCUCGGCAUCGAUGAACAAGAUGCCGCUUUUUACGCUGGUCUCUUGAUCUCCGCCUACGCCGUGGCCGAAGCCAUCACCUCGAUGGGGUGGGGCACGCUGUCCGAUCGCAUCGGUCGCAAGCCCGUCGUCCUGUUUGGCUUGGUCGGUGUCGCCAUCUCGAGUUUGAUUUUUGGUUUCGCAAAGACAUAUUGGGUCGCUCUGCUGGCACGCUUCGUCGGUGGCGCCCUCAAUGGCAACGUUUCCGUCAUGCAGACCAUGGUCGCCGAAAUGGUCAAGAAUCCAGACCAUGAGCCCAAGGCCUACGCCGUACAACCCUUCGUGUGGACACUGGGCGGCAUUAUUGGCUCUGCCAUGGGUGGUUUCCUCGCCCAACCCGCCGUCUACUACCCUUCGGUUUUCUCUCAGGACGGCCUUUUCGGCCGGAAUCCGUAUUUACUUCCUAAUCUCGUCUCCAUGGUAGCAAUCUCCCUUGCCGUACUCCAAGGCAUUUUCUUCUUGGAAGAGACUCUCGAAUUCGAGGAGGAAGACCAACACCACCACGGCCGCAACAGCGUCGCCGUUGAUGAUGAUGACGCCGUCGACGAGACCACACCCCUGCGCCGCGCACCCAUCCGGACCUUCAACCCGCGUCGCUCGAUCUCGACUAGCCAUUCGCGACCGCGCUUCGCCGAAUCGAGCUUGCCCUUACCAUUCGAGCACGACUUUGACCUCAGGAGGUCUUCCUUUGGAACGGUACACUCGAUCAAGGUCGUACCCGAAGACCUGCGGCAACACCUCUUAAACUCUCGCGCCCAAGCGACGGGACAGAAGAAGGUCAAGACGUUCAACAAGACCGUUGUCAUGCUAAUCAUCGCCUUCAUCAUCUUUUCGUACCAUCAGAUGGCCGCCGGCACGCUUUUGCCUACGUAUCUGCUCGACGACCCUUCGGACAAGAAGCACCCGCGCGGACACCUCGAUCUACGCGGCGGUCUGGGUUACUCUCUCCCUGACGUGGGUGUCUAUCUGGCCAUCAAUGGCAUCCUGGGACUGCUCAUCCAGGGCCUCAUUUUUCCCAUUUUUGUAGAACGCGUCGGUGUUUGGGGUUCCUUCAUUUCCAUGAUUGUCGUAUACCCGACGGCGUACUUAUUUCUGCCAUUCCUGUCUGCCCUCCCGGAAGGCCUCACGGAGGCUGGCAUCUGGUUCUCCCUCAUCAUGCAGAGCUUUUACGGUAUCAUCAUCGGCCCCGUCACGCUCAUCCUGAUCAAGAACGCGACGCCCACGUCGCAAGCCCUCGGAAGGGUCAACGGUUUGGCUAUGUCCGGUGCCUGCCUGGCAAGAACCGUCUCCCCGCCCCUCGUGGGAGUUAUUUACAGUUUCGCCGGCUCUGCCGCGGCCUGGUUCAGCUGCGCCCUCUUCGCGGUUGUGGGAUUGAUCCAGGUCAUCUGGGUACCCAAGAAGCACAUCGAUGUGGAUCACGUCGAGAUUGACAAUGCGAUUUCGAGACGUUUCUCGGUCACGUCCGCGAGGAGAGAAUCCCACCAAAGCAUCGAAUCAUCCCGUGGCCGCCGCUCGAACGGUGUUGUUUAG